AUGGUUGUCCUUCGCUUCCCGCAGCACAUAUCUGUUUACUGCGUCCUGCUUUGUUCGGCCCUCCAGAUCAUUGGCGGCGGCGAAAGUGUUCUCCUGGCCAUGAACCUUUCAAUCGCCGCCGAUAUCAUUCCCACGGCUGCCAGGGCCAACUCCUUUAUUCGCAUGGCCGUUGCAAAUUACGUCGACCGCUUUGUCGCCUCGUCUGUCUCUUCGAGGCUCAUGUAG